CUACAACCUAUUCCGUACCGCUCUUGUACCCAUAUCUUCCCCCUCCGCACGAGAUAUUUAGCUGAGCUAUCUUCGAAAUAAGUCCUCAUAUUCACCGUUAACAUCUCCUUUGCUUCUGUAUUGAAAUCCAGUAGCUAUGGGAGACGUCGUGGUUGCGAGCUCAGCGGCCCUUGCGCCGCCGUACAAAAGGACCACACCUGCACACGCGACCCCGAAUAUCGAUCCUCUGGAAGGAGUUGGAAAUGACUAUGGAGAUGACUAUACUACGCUCAAGAGAUUGCAACGACACCUAGAGUAUUUAAACCUUCAGGAGGAAUAUAUCAAGGACGAGCAGAGGAGUUUGAAGCGGGAACUUGUUCGAGCCCAAGAAGAAAUUAAACGCAUACAAAGUGUUCCCCUUGUUAUAGGCCAGUUCAUGGAGGCUAUCGACCAAAACACCGGUAUAGUACAAUCGUCAACAGGCUCGAAUUAUGUCGUCCGCAUACUAUCAACACUUGACCGCGAACUGUUGAAGCCUUCCUCAUCCGUCGCUCUACAUCGCCAUUCCAACUCCCUCGUCGACAUACUUCCACCUGAAGCUGAUUCUUCCAUUGCUAUGCUUGGCAUUGACGAAAAGCCAGACGUGACAUAUGCGGACGUGGGAGGACUGGAUAUGCAGAAACAGGAGAUUAGAGAAGCCGUCGAACUACCGCUAACGCAUUUCGAUUUAUACAAACAAAUUGGAAUCGACCCUCCGCGCGGUGUGCUUCUAUAUGGACCACCCGGAACCGGCAAAACCAUGCUUGUCAAGGCGGUAGCCAACGGCACAACAGCCAACUUCAUCCGAGUUGUCGGAUCCGAGUUCGUUCAAAAGUACCUAGGCGAAGGUCCUCGAAUGGUCCGCGAUGUUUUCCGCAUGGCCCGCGAAAAUGCCCCAGCCAUCAUCUUCAUCGACGAAAUCGAUGCCAUCGCUACAAAGCGAUUCGACGCUCAAACAGGUGCUGAUCGCGAGGUGCAACGUAUCUUGCUGGAAUUGCUCAAUCAAAUGGACGGCUUCGAUCAGACAAGCAACGUAAAAGUCAUCAUGGCGACCAACCGCGCCGACACGCUGGAUCCUGCCCUGCUGCGGCCAGGUCGUCUCGAUCGCAAGAUUGAAUUCCCCUCGCUGCGCGAUCGACGAGAGCGCCGGUUGAUCUUCACCACCAUUGCUUCCAAGAUGUCUCUGUCGCCGGAGGUAGAUCUGGACUCGUUGAUUGUUCGGAAUGAUCCGCUAUCGGGCGCUGUCAUUGCCGCUAUCAUGCAGGAAGCUGGCCUGCGGGCAGUUCGCAAGAACAGAUACAAUAUCAUCCAGUCGGACUUGGAAGACGCUUAUUCGAGCCAAGUCAAGGGAGCACAGGAUGCUGAUAAGUUCGACUUCUACCGCUAAACAAAAGAACAGAAAAGGGGGAAACAACGACCUAUGUUUUCUGGGGAGCCACGUAUGCAUGUUGGACAUAUUCGUUUUGAAACUUUGCCUUUCCCUCUCUUUAUGGGUGCAAGAAGGGAAACUCAGAGACUUGUAGGAAGGAAAGGCAAAGCAUAACGGGAUCACACAAAGCCUCACCUCCAUGCAAUCCGAUUAUUUAAAAUCCAAUUCAUACUGCACCAAAGCAACAAGCACUCUCCAUGGUUCUUCCCCACCUUACCUUUUCAAAGGUCUUUUUUUCUUUUAUUCGCCCCACAGAAUAGAAGCUGAAUGAAUGGAUAUCUAAAUCCUACGCCAGUGUAAAAUAGAAUCUAUCUAUCUUCAUAUCGUUAACAAUUUCUCUCAACCCGGUCCUAGACUUACUAUCCUAACCUCAAAACAUCUCAUACCGUCUUCUUUCGCGCAAGAUUUUGCUUAUAGCCAGUCUUAUCACUACGAAAAUAAUC